AUGCAAACAGAAUUAAAUUGCUUAUUUUGCAAAAUUAUCAAAGGAGAAGAAAAAGCUUUCAUUAUUGCAGAAAACAAAGGAGCAACUGCCAUUUUAGAUAAAUUUUCCGAAAGCGAUGGUCAUACUCUUCUUAUUACUAAAAAACACUUUCCCUAUAUUGCUGAAGUUGACGAGGAAAGACUUUUUGAGUUUAAUUUUGAAUCAAAAGUAGAUGGUUAUUCAUCUCGUUUGAAAAGCGAACCAUUUCCAGAUUACGUUAAGGAAAGGAUAAAAGGAGAAAUUGAAAAAAUCAAAAAAAACUUCCUUGGUGGUAGCACUAAAGAAAAUAGAGAAGAAUAUGUAGAACAAGCAAUUCCUGAAAAUAGCAAUUUAAAAGAAAUAAAGCAAGCCCUAGACAAAAAACAUUUUGGAAUGGAAAAGGUAAAAAAGGCAAUUAUCAGAUAUUUAGCGGCUAAAAAACAGGCUGGAAAAAACCUUGGUAAAGUUAUUUGUUUAGUUGGUCCAGCUGGAACAGGAAAGACAACUAUUGCCGAAUCUAUUGCAGAAGCACUAGGCCGACCAUUUGAUCGGAUUUCCCUAGGUGGUGUUCAUGAUGAAGGAGAAAUCCGUGGUCAUCGAUCCACUUAUGUCAGUGCUAAGCCGGGAAUAAUCGUCCGAUCUUGCCAAAAAACAAAAGUAAAAAACCCGGUAAUUAGUGUUGAUGAAAUUGACAAAAUGGGUAAAAGCGAACAACACGGCGAUCCUGCUGCGGCUUUUCUUGAAAUCCUUGACCCCGAACAAAAUGAAAAAUUUAGCGAUCACUACAUCGAAUUACCAGUUGAUUUAUCUCAAAUAUUGUUUAUUUGUACUGCUAACCGAACAGAUACUAUCCCUGGACCCUUACGAGAUCGAAUGGAAAUAAUUGAAAUACCUCCCUACACUAGAAAUGAUAAACAAGUGAUCGUCAAAGAACAUUUAAUCCCUAAAUUAUUAAAAAGAUACAACCUUACCAAAGAGCAAUUAAAUUUUGAGGAUUCGGCAAUUCAAGAAAUUAUUAAUCAUUAUACUUGGGAACCUGGAAUACGGGACUUGGAAAGAAAACUUACAGAUAUUAUUUCUGGAUUUAGUGAAAAAAAAAUACAAGGAGAAUUAAAAGAUGAAAAUAUUACUUCGACAAAAGUUAAAGAGUAUUUAGGCAAACCUAAUGUUCCUGAUUUAGACACCGAAGUUGAUUAUAAUAAAUUUGGAGUAGUGAAAGGAUUGAGUGUCUAUAAUCCAGAAAUAGGAGGAGGAAGUAUUUUACCAAUUCAAGCAGCUUAUUCUUCAGGUGAUGGAAAAGUUAUCAUUACAGGUAAUUUAAAAGAAACUAUGGAACAAUCGGCUAAUUUAGCACUUAAUCAUAUCAAGUUUAAUAGGGACAAGUUGGGCAUUCCUGCCACUUUUGACUUUAAAACAAAUGAUAUUUAUAUUCAUGCACUCCAAGCCAGUAUACCCAAAGAUGGUCCUAGUGCUGGUAUUACUUUCACCACCGCUAUUAUUUCAGCGAUUACUAACAAGGUUGUUCCAAAAGGUAUUGCAAUGACCGGCGAAAUUAGUUUACUUGGAGAAGUUUUAGAAAUUGGGGGAGUAGUAGAAAAAAUCAAUGUUGCUCACCGUAGAGGAUUAAAAAAAGUUUUUAUUCCCCAAAAAAAUCACGAUAAAGAUUAUGAUGAUAUUCCCGAUGAAAUUAAAAAUGAUAAUAAUUUUAAAAUUUCCGGAGUAAAAAAUUAUCAAGAAAUUUACGAUGAUUUAUUUAUUUAA